AUGGCUAAAAGGCCCGAGAUGGAGUCCAGUCAAUCUACACAGAACACGCAGUCGGCAAUGCGAUCCUGGGGACUCGGGAGUAUCAGAUCUAAAUGUGAGGCUGAGCGACGUACCCUGCUUGCUCGUCUGGCCGUUGGCAUCACUGUCUCCCAGGGUUACGCCACAGCCCUUUCUGGAACCACGCACAACUAUCAAAGGAGCCUUGGAGAUGCUCCCUGUCAUGCUUCCACACGGUCAUUUACUUGUUGCCUUCCGCUGACGGUGACAGCUAGGGUAUUCCGUAGCGCUGUCCUGAACUGGACAUUUCCGCUUCGAAUCUACCAAAUUGGCUUGCAUCUUGCCCUAUCGCCAAGUUUCAGCUCAAGUGUUCGAGAGCAGGACGAGAAUGGCAAUCUCGUGGCAGGAACUGUUUCCUCCGCAUCUCCCUUCGCCAAGGAUCUCAAACUAGCUCCUUUAUGGCCGAUCAAGCGCAUCAUAAUCUGCUGCGAUGGCACGUGGCAGAGUUCUGCUCACGGUGCGCAGACGAUUCCAUCGAAUGUGGGCAAGAUGAAGCGUUCGAUUGACUUGUACUUGGCUCGUAACAAUCCGUUCGCUUUCCACAAUACCGAGAUUCAUGAACAGAUUGAGAACGCAUUCCAUGCACUCGGGCUUGAUGAGCACCGCAAGUCUUUCAGCCCUAGUCUAUGGACUCUCCCUGAGAACAGUAAGACCAACCUCAUACAAUGUUGGCUUCCUGGUGUAUAUGUCAACAUUAGCGGCGGCAGCGACGACGGUAAAAGGGACCUGGAAAAGGGCAUUGGCAGCAAAGAUGGCCCAAAGAAAGCGCGCGCAGAUGGCAAGAAAUGGGCAGACCUAACCGAAUAG